CCGCUGGUGAUACACACCACAGUGGACCUCUACAUUACUGCAUGUAUUUGGCCUGAGUCACACGUGUGCACCCGAAUAAUUAUUAUUCGUUGAACUCACGCCACCCCACUCACUGCGUGUACGCUUACAGAAAAAAGUGCACGCUUUAUAUUUAAUAAAAAUUGCAAAUAUUAAUCAUCGGCACGCAAACCCUUGGUAUUGGUAGUGCGUUGUUAGCGCGGCGCAUGCGCUAGACAGUUCAGUGGCGACCAGUUUUAAAUUUAGAUUCGUGUCGCCGGAAUUUCGCUGGCCUAUUUAGACACCGCAAACGGCAGAUUUUAACUGAAUUCAAAGGUGCAAUUGUUAUUGAUGUUCAUUUAAAUUAUUCGAGUCAGUGAUUUAUCAGUGAUGGUUUGAUGUGAAGUGAAGUGAGAUCUGUCAUCGUACUGCGUGCACGCGUGGUUAUGAGGACACAUUGCUGACUGUACUACACCAACAUGUUCGGGAGAACAAUCCUAGUGUUGUUGUUGUUGUGGACACAAGAUGCAGUUAGGAGUUUGCGUCUCGUGGAACUCCGUGUACCGACACACGAGCCAGAAGGUGGUAUGGCUCUUCUUGGCUGCCAGUACGACCUAGAAGGGGACACUUUGUAUUCUGUCAAAUGGUACAAAGAUGGACGCGAGUUCUACCGCUUUGUGCCUAAAAAUGAUCCUCCUGUGUAUUACUUCCAAACACCUGGAGUAAACGUUGAUAUAGGACGUUCUUCAAACACUGUGGUGGCGCUAGUGAACCUCACACAGGAGUCUGCAGGACAUUACCGCUGCGAAGUGUCCGGAGAAGCACCCUCAUUUGCCACAGUAUACAGACAAAAAUACAUUAACAUACACUUGCUUCCAAAAGGUGGACCCCGAGUAAUUGGUCUCAAAGAGCAGUACAAUUUGGAUGAUCUGGUUGUGGCAAACUGUACGCUGCCACCUUCUCGUCCAAAGGCGCAUUUAAAAUGGCUCGUCAACGACAAGCCUGCUCCCUCUUCCUACAUUCUGGGACCCUGGUACCGAGUGUCGGCUGAACGACCUGAUGCUGCUGAAACUUUUCUGCAGCUGAGUUUUUUCGCAACCACUUCUGAUUUUGUUAAUGGUGCCAUCAAAUUAAAAUGCCAAGCUACGAUUGCACCUCUCUACCAAAGAGAGACGGAGUCCACCCAUUAUAUAUCUCUACCUUUUUCUAUGGCUGCUCAUCCACCUGAGGCAAAGGAGAUCAGAGACAUCGCCUCGUCGGUGGAAAAUACGUUAGCAACUAUAAUUGUACCAAUUAUGAUCUUAAUAUUAAUGUAAUAGUACCGUGAUAUCACAAUUAAGUGUAGGUGGUCAGAAAUGUGUACGAAAAAGUUUUAUAUUAUUUGUUUGACAAAUCUUCUACGGAUCACGUUUCGAAUGUUUCGUGGAGAGACGUGGUGAAUACAAUGUAGGACGUUUUAGAUACGGUUAAACAAUUCUUUGGAAGUUCACACAACUUGAACAUCAGGAAACGUACAUGUUGGGUAGCUAUACAUGUAUGCACAUGUACAUGUCUACGACCAACUAACUAGGGAAGUUGGUCCUACUACGCAGCAAAGCGCUUGCAAUCUUGAAUAGUUUCGUUUCGGAACCUUACAAUUAUACUACCUUCGAAAGUUACGCAUUAUACUGAGAAGAAUUUCUCUAUAGCAUUUCAAUGAACUGUAGCCAUAAUAAGGAGAGCUUUAGCGAUACAUUAGCAUUUUAAUUUUUACUGAAAUUUCCACCUUAAGUAAUAAGUACACAAUAAAAAAAAUGCACACCAUUUAAAUAUGCUUACUACUUUUUUUUUUUUGUUUGCUUCACCAAAAUAAAUUGGAGUUGGCAAUCAACUAUAGCAUUGUUAUCGAUAUUCUUAAAGGAUACCUUUAAUGCCAAUAUGUUCACAGAAUCAAAAGAAAACUAGCAUAUUUUGUUAGAUAAAAAGUGCAGCAAAACAAACCUCACUAUGAAGUUUCAUAAAAUAUCGUUUUACUAUAUCUGUGGUUCUUGCAGACCUAUAUGCCUAGGUUAUUUUUUCUCAAUUGCCGUAUCAAGUGCGGUUGUAGCUAGAAAGACAAAUUGCGGGCUUGGUGUUUUUUAUUUUAUUUCUUUCCCAAUAAAAAGUAGUAGCCUAGCAAAACAAUUUUCGACCUCUUAAUUGAAAUGCACUUUUCGCUGGCGAAAAAUCUUUCACUAUAUUUCUACGUUGCUGCUUUUAAUAAAAUACAAGUUUUGGUUUGGUUUUACUUGGGUAAAAUCUACAUAAAUGAAAUCUUUAUCAUUAUUCAGAUUCUGUGUUUUUGUGUCAGUGAACUUCACCUAAACUGCUGAACCGAUAAGGAUGAAAUAAUGUAGUAUGCCUAUUUUUAAGAUGAUUUGAGAGCUCCAUGCUUAGUUGCUUAGUAAG